GCCCCAGAUGAUAAAACCUCGCCUCGCUACUGCUGAUAGCUAUAUGCACAUCAAAAGAUUUGCACCCUAAUUUUAGUAAGCAAUAAAUGCAGUCCAUUUUCCAAAUUAAUAAUUUAGUUUUCACGAGGUCAGAUGGUUGGCUGAAAUAGUGUUAAUUCUCCCGUUAAGUUAUUCAUGCGUGGCGGUCAACAAACCGUUUCAGACGACAGGUGUGCCAGUGAAUUCAAUCUUCCCAAGCCUGCCUUCAUCAAAUCCUGCCAAUAAAUCCAGCAGUAAAAAAAAAAUAAGUCCGCCGUCUGCUUUUAAAAAAAAAUCCCAAUCAUUAGACAGAAAACGAUGUGUGUAGUUUUAUUAGCAUGUGUAUUCUUGGACACGUGUUUUAUUUUGAUGUGUACUUUUCAAAACGUGUUAUUUUUCUAUGUGCUAUUCGAAAGGUGUUGUUAUUGUUUAAUGUGCUAUUGGAUAUGUAAGCUGAUCGCUCGGAGUGCUUUUCAAAGCGUAUUGGCAGCUAUUGCCAGAUAGUUUGAUGUUAGGCAGAAAUCUGUCCACUGUUUGAUUCAAAAGGUAGAAGAAAAAACAAACAAACAAACGUCCCUAAACUCCCUAGUGAUACUGCAAAACUUUUGUUCUUGCACUGGACAUUACUAGAUCUAGGGUUGUUUUUUUUACAAUGAGUCUGUUCUCGUGAUGUGUUAAAGUGAUUUCUGUGAUACGAAUUUGCAAACAAAGUCUGUGCUAUUCCUGUGGAUAUUUUUUUUUAAAUGCAUUGAUAUUAAUGCCAUGGAUAUGGAUAUACCCAAGUGGAUUAUAUUGCGAGCUAUACUAAUAGGUAACAUAGUGACUAACAGACAUUCGAUGAAGUGUAACAAUGACAUUGGAACGUAACGUCCCACCACCAGCAGCGUCCCUUCACACCAGCACGAUGUCCGCCAAGCCCAGCUCUGGCACCAUGGCUGGGGGCGUGGGCACCCUGUACCCGAGCCCCACCGGCUUAGAUGUGUUGCGUAAGGACGAGCCAAUGUACAGCAGGAACAGCCCGAACAUGUUGAACAUCCUGACGGCCAGCUCUGAUCUAGAAUUUUCUAACAGGACAGAAAUUGGUGUGUUAUUGUCACCUAUUACAAGCAUGUUGCAUGUUAUGACCACCAGCUCAGAUGUGGACUUCACUAACAGCAUGCUCAGGGUAGAUCAUGAUGGUCUAUCGUCUUCAUCUUCUGUGGUUUCCACUGGACCAACUACAGCUCACUCUGCCCCUGUCACUCCCACCCACAACCCUGAUGGCAGUGUGGAUGUUGGCUAUAGAACAGGAUCACAGAGAGGUUUCUUCCAGGGCUUGCUGGGCUGUCUCCGACCUGUAUGGACAAUCCUUGGCAAGGCAGCUGCUGCAGAGUUAAAACAACAAGUUUCCUCUUCUGAUGAUUGGGAAAUUCCAUUUGAAAGUAUCACAGAUCUCCAGUGGCUAGGAAGUGGAGCUCAGGGAGCUGUAUUUCUUGGCAAACUCUGUAAUGAAGAAGUAGCAGUCAAGAAGGUCAGAGAUGUGAAAGAGACAGACAUUCGGAAUUUGAGGAAACUGAAUCACCCAAACAUUAUAUCCUUCAAGGGAGUUUGCACACAAGCCCCUUGCUACUGUAUCAUUAUGGAAUACUGUCCCUAUGGGCAGCUGUAUGAAGUGUUGCGGGACGGCAAGGAGAUCCCACCUACAUUGGUGCUUGAUUGGGCCAAACAGAUUGCUAGUGGAAUGAACUAUCUGCACUCACAUAAGAUCAUUCACAGAGAUCUCAAGUCACCAAAUGUUCUUGUGGCAUCCAAUGAUAUUGUCAAGAUUUCAGAUUUUGGAACCAGCCGAGAGUGGAAUGAAAAAAGCACUAAAAUGUCAUUUGCUGGCACUGUGGCCUGGAUGGCACCAGAAGUCAUUCGAAAUGAAAUGUGUAGUGAAAAAGUAGACAUUUGGUCUUAUGGUGUUGUCUUAUGGGAACUGUUGACAGCAGAAGUACCCUACAAAGAUGUGGAUUCUUCUGCUAUCAUCUGGGGAGUGGGAAGCAAUAGCCUUCACCUUCCUGUUCCAGGCACUUGCCCAGAGGGCUUUAAAUUGCUGAUGAGGCAGUGCUGGAGUGCAAAGCCCAGAAAUAGACCAUCAUUUAGACAAAUUCUCAUGCACCUUGAGAUUGCCUCUGCUGAAUUACUUCGGUUCAGUCGGGAGGACUUUUCUGAAUCUCAAGAAAUUUGGAGGAAAGAAAUUCGUGAAAAUUUCCAAAAAAUGAAAGCUGAAGGUUCCAACUUACCACAGCUAGAAGAAGAGCUUAUAAAAAGAAGAAAAGAAGAAUUAAGACAUGCACAGGAUGUCAGAGAGCAUUAUGAAAGAAAGUUGGAGCGUGCUAACAAUUUGUAUAUGGAAUUAACAGCUUGUAUGCUGCAACUGGAAAAGAGAGAACGGGAGCUCAUCAAACGAGAGCAACAACUGACUUUGUACAAUAAACGGAGAAAGAGUAUAGUUCGGCCAAUCAUAAAAGCUCAAGAAAAGUUAGAUCGACUUGGUAAAAAACGUACACAUAGGUCAGGGUCUGAAGUCACGACGCCUGACUCUAUGAAAAACACUGAAGGGAGCAUGACAACAAGCUCUGAGCUGGUACCACCAUCUCCUACGAAAAUGCGUGCUAGGAAGUCUCGUCAUCGUCGCAAUAACAGCAGAGGGUCUAUGAAAGACAUUACCUCUCCGCUCAAAUCUCAAUCAACAUAUGAAGCAUCACUGGACACCCAAACAUCAGACAAACUAAACCCUGCGGGGCUUCAUCCUACUGACCAUGCACCCUAUCCUGGGACAUUUAAAUUUUUGGGACCUGCCACUGCUAUCAGGGAGUAUCGAAGUGAAGAUGAAGCUGAUGGCCAAGAGACCAGGUUAACUCAUAUGGAAAACAACAUUAAGAAACGUCAGGAGUGUUGUAGCAGAAGCUCAUCCACUUCUGCCACCAGGCACUCGCCAAUCUCAAAACACUCACCUGUAAGUAAACACUUACCAGCAUCAAAACAGAACUCUUCAUCCUAUCAAGACAAUAACAUUAAUGAUGUCUGCUUUGGCUGUGAUGGUGGCUGCAGUGAUGCUACUUGUAGCAGCCAACGCUCAUCCCAGGUCAGUGCUGAUGUGGAGAGCACAUGUGACCUAUCCCCUCUGCCCAGCCCAAAACAGAACUUGGAAACUAUGAGUGAAAAAUCCUCUCCGGAUAUUGACCUCUCUUCCCGACCUGAAACUGGGUCAGGUUCAUGUUCUUGUUCACCGGUUACCUCCCCUGCUGACAUACUGGAGACUCAAUCAAAUCCGGUGCGAGAAAAAGACUCAAAUGAAAAUUUAAAUUACCCAAUCAAUAGCUCAGCCACUGAAAGUUGUCAUUUAACAUCUGGUCAACUUGAGGAAUCUCUCCAAGACAGUCCUACUACCAACUCUAACAACAUCCACAGUCUGUGCAACAAUACAACUUCCAAUAAUCAACUUCUGGCUGUCAACUCUGGCUUUAAACGUGUACAUAGCAGUCAGGAUAUGAGGCGACAGAAGAAUAGAAGCCCCUCCAGAAGGAUUCGUGAAUCUGAUUUGAUGGAGGGAAGGAGUUAUGAAAACAUUAGAGGAUACAAUACGCUAGGAAAUUUAGAGACCAACUGUUUCCAAAGUGGAAUAGAAAAAAGAAAUGAGUCACCAGAGAAGACCAAUGCUCUGAAGAAGUUUAGAAAUACAAAGCACUCUGAAGAUUCAUGGUCCGAAGAAGAAGGAGAUGUUAGUGAGGAUGAUGAAUCAAGUAGCCACCCUCCCUGUCGCCAGUCUCUCUCAACUCUCAGUUCUGAAGGUGUGUUGUCUGAGGAGGACAUGACUAGCGAUCGCUCUGGUCAUCAAGAUGGCAGUGGCGAUAAUGGCUUGUUGUCUACGGGUAGUGCAGAAAAUUUACAAGCAGAGUUGACAAAGUUUACAAAUAUACCUGAUGGGUUGUCCGACAGGGAGAAGACUGUCAGGAAGAUGAAGAAUAAAGUCAACUCCCCUGACAGAAUAUUUGAAAAAUGUGAUACAGAAACUAGUUCAAGUUCUGAUGAAUGCUCUGACAUGACUGUCUCAUCAACUAUACACAAAACCAGAUCUCUAGAAACUAGUACACACUGGUAGUAGUUUUUCUCUUAGUUCUAUUUCCUCCAGACAGAAGUCAUCAGUUCUAUCACUUACAAUUAUUGUGUUCAGUUGUUCAGUGAACUGUGCUAGAUAAACAUCAUUCGGACAUCAAUACAGAUGGUUAGACAACCAUUUACAAUGUUUUGUUUGGACAUCCAUCAAGUUGGAUAGACUACCAUUUACGCUGUUUCGUCAUUUGUUUAAAUCAAGCAGUAAACUAGUCCUGUGACGUCAUGGAUUCAAAAUUUCACUAUAACAAAAACAUCUUAAAACACAAAGACAGCAUCUUUGAAUUGCAUUACUUGGUGAAUGUAACAGUGCAUCAAACCAAUGUUUUCACUGCUCUUGGUCUGAGACCACCAUCAAUUGCACAAAAAGGGAUUUUCAUUUAUCAUUGUGCACCAUCUGUAGAAAUGAGGACCUUCAUGGAAUGCAUUCAGUUUAAAUCUGAAUUGAAGUCAUGUAACAAUUAGUAUUUUCAUUCUCACUGAUUGUUGAUCUCAAAUUUAAAAAACUCAACAAUUGACAUGUCACCACUACAGCAAGUCAGGAAAAACAGAAUUUCUGUGAAAAAUGUCUUAAUUGUAUAUCUUUACACAUAAAUAAAUUAUUGCUUUAUUAUAGUGCUAAUUUCAUGCCUACAGCAUCCUCAUAAUGCUAUGGUCCAAUCUCAUUCGUGGUCCAGGGAGGUGUUAUCUGUGAGAAGGUUUUCCGUGCUGCCUUUAGGUGCUCAGUAAACACAACUAUGCCUGAGUCGAGUGUCGCAUCUCGAGCCCCCUUCAUAGGUAGCCAAGCCAAGUUCAAGCGUACUUAGCCUCUCGACCACGCUCCCCACUUAGAAUAAACUUUAAUUAUAUAUUUUUACACUUAGAAUAAGCUAUUCAGUUAGGUGGGCUACCAUACACAAACUGUCUGUCAUUGCCACUGAUACAUCAAGACUCAAGAGUUUUGAUUUUCCCUACUUAUGCUCAUCUUCUUUGCAUUGAUGCGAAUAUAUAUUUUUUUGUGUGGCAUGAUUCUAAUUAUCUUAUACUGAUAGUAAAACUUUAAAUGUUUAUGUAAGCAUCACCUCACCAUAUCCUGAUUGUAUUAUGCUUGUCACAUAUAGAAAAAGUAAAAUGCAUUGCUAUUAGGGAAAAUCAUAUUAAAAUGAUGGCAAAUUUGUGCAUUUUCUGCCAAUAGAAACUUGAUCUAAACUAAAUAAAAGCAUGCACUAAAUCAAUGAAUGAAAAAUUGUCAUUUUAUAUCAGAUUUGUCAAUGGUUUAUACAAGUCUAGAAUAACUUUUCAAAGCUAACCCUGGGCCAUUGAUGUAUUGUCUGGAGGAGGAUGAGCAGUAUUUUUUAAAUUUUUUAUUUUUGUUGUUUUAUGUCCAUUCUAACAGUUCUGUGAACUCAUCCUUUCUAAAACUACCAGCUGUUUCAAUUGAACUAACUACUUACUGGUUAAUAGAUUUUUUUAAAAAUUACAUUAUUAAUUAUUUUGAUCUAAAUGAGAUUUGAUCAAAGGACAUUGGCACUUUAGAUUCUAAUUUUGAAAUAUAUUUAGUUAAAUUCUGCUCCAAAUAUUAGUAAUUUUUCACACAUUUUUCCAUUUCUCUGAUUUUUGCUUCUUAGAUAAUGUACACUGAUGACAUAGAUCUAUUUUUUCUAUUUCUAGUAUAAAUAAUCAAUUUGAACAAGUCUAUGUGAAUCUUGUGCAUAUGAAAUUUACCUUCCAAAAUCCCCCUUAACCCCCUCCCCCCUUUUUUUUUAGUAUUAUCAGGGGAGUCAAUAAUAUUUAAACUUCAGUGAGUUACCAAAAUCAUUGUAGAUCAGUUUUAUAAUUAGUACUGGAUCCACUACAUCUGUGGGGAUAUAGUCAUUUUGAAUGGUGGCACUUCAUAUGGGGAUAGAGCCAAUGAUAGAAUCAUCAGAUGUGUGUGGGAACAUUUGGAAAUAAAACUAAGUGGGCCUCUGAAGAUGGUCUUCUAAGUGUAUGAUGCUCAUUUCCUUGCUAUAUAUUUUAAUUUAUUUUUAAAGUGAACUAACUUUUGCACUAAUGAUUUAUUUCCUUAUGCUAAACUCAGUCUAGCUUCAAUUCAUUGUGAUUGACCUAUAAGUAGGCCAUCUCUAUAGUCACUUUCUCCACUAUGUAGUUUUAUUACUUCUUUCAUCUUAGGGAAUCCUAUUCAAUAUGUCAUUUAUUAAAUGGCUUCACUUCUGAAAUAAUUUAUAUGUCUGGUAAUUAUUAAUACCAAAUCUCAGAGAUCAGCUCCAACAGCAGAAAUUAUACCAUCAACAACAUUUUAAUACUAUUAAUAUUUUUAGUUGUAUCAAGUCUUACAACAUUGGCAAGAUGUCACAAAUUAUACAUUCAACAGUGAUGUGCCUGGCUGUCUGAAAUUGAGUGUUUUUGUCUCUCAUU